AUGCGGUUCAAAUUGGAGGUCGCAGUAUUAGAAUCCAAUGUACCCACGACCAUCGUGGAUAUGUCAAGGUUAUUAGUAAAGCAGACGCCUUUGCUACCAGCAUAUCGAAAACUGCAAAAGGAAUAUCGGGAUUGGGUCAAGGUACAGCUCGAAGAUGACCUCUCGAGAUACCUUCAACCACCAUCUGAACGAUCGGCAUCCUCAGCAGAAUGGAAGAAACAGUCCACUGUCUUCCAUAAAGUCGAUAGGAUUGCACCUAUGGUGAAAUCAUUACUGGAUGAAAUACAGGCCAUUCCUACUCGGUUACGGGAAGCCUAUGUAAGGCAGUGGCGCCGAUGGCUUGUUCGACUAGCAGUUGCAUUUAUUCAGUUCAGCAAAAAUGAAGGGUUUGGACGGAUCGACAAGUUAAAAGAUGCUUUGCAGCUGCAUGAUCAAAAUGAUUUCCUGAUCGUUUUAGCGCAAGCCGAGAAGCUCAAGCCGGGACUAGUCGAAAAACUCAACAUUCACGUACCAUAA